GCUUUGUCCUCAGAAGGGACUGUUUUCAGAAAGAGCAGCGAUCUCACAGGAGACGUUUCUUUAACGUUGAUUAAAGCGAAGAGGCAAAAAGAGCCGAAUCUCACCAGGGUUUAACGGAUUAAGAACCUUUUCAUUUGGACGUAUUUGUGGAAUUUAAGCGAGGAUUUUUUUACCUGGAUAUAAACGUGUGAAAGGAAUUUAACACGUGGACGUCGUUUACAGGACAACUUUAUAUAAAGCCUCAGGAUUAAGGAUUAUUAUUUUCCUUUAGAGUUUUCUGGUCUCUGCUCCUGGAUAUGGGUUUUAGCCUAUGAUUGUGUAAAAGCGAGGAAGGAAAGAGCGGCAUUGAGGAGGAGGAGGAGGAGAAGAAAGAAAAAGAAGUAGCAGCCUGGAACAUGGUGCCUCAUAUUUGCCCCUCAGUGCCCUUGACGCCUCGCUGGCUUUCUGUCCUGCUCCUGCUCGUCUGCACGGCCUUCCCCUCUCCCUCCCACGCUGACAGUUUGCCAAGUUUCAUCAAGACUCCAGAGGACCAGACGGGGAUUUCAGGGGGCGUGGCCUCUUUCGUAUGCCAGGCGGUCGGAGAACCCAAACCUCGUAUCACAUGGAUGAAAAAGGGGAAAAAAGUCAGCUCUCAGCGCUUUGAGGUGAUUGAGUUUGACGAUGGCUCGGGCUCCGUCCUGCGUAUUCAGCCCCUGCGCACACACCGAGACGAAGCCAUCUAUGAGUGUACAGCCACCAGCAGUGUUGGAGAAAUCAACACCAGCGCCAAACUCACCGUGCUGGAAGAGAAUCAGAUCCCUCUGGGUUUCCCGAGUAUAGAUAUGGGUCCUCAGCUCAAAGUGGUGGAGCGAACACGGACGGCUACGAUGCUCUGUGCCGCUAGCGGAAACCCAGAUCCGGAAAUUUCCUGGUUUAAGGAUUUCCUUCCUGUUGACAUCAACAGCAGCAAUGGACGGAUAAAGCAGCUUCGCUCAGGAGCUCUGCAGAUCGAGAACAGUGAAGAGUCGGAUCAGGGAAAAUACGAGUGUGUGGCGACAAACAGCGCUGGGACACGUUACUCCGCCCCUGCCAACCUCUACGUUCGAGUACGACGGGUACCGCCCCGUUUCUCCAUCCCACCCAGUGAUCAGGAGGUGAUGCCAGGGGGCAGCACCAACCUGACCUGUGUCGCUGUUGGAGCCCCGAUGCCCUACGUCAAGUGGAUGACUGGAGAAACCGAGCUCACCAAAGAAGAGGAAAUGCCCAUAGGACGCAACGUUCUGGAACUUACCAACAUCCGAAAGUCGGCUAACUACACCUGCGUGGCCAUGUCUUCUCUGGGAAUGAUCGAAGCCACGGCGCAAGUUACAGUCAAAGCUCUUCCCAAACCCCCCACAUCUCUGACUGUAACUGAAACGACGGCCACAAGUGUCACCCUGACGUGGGAUUCUGGGAACCCGGAACCCGUGUCCUACUACAUGAUCCAGUACCGCUCCAAAGCUUCUGACAGCAGCUACCAGGAAGUGGACGGUGUUGCAACAACACGCUACAGCAUCGGCGGGUUGAGUCCGUACUCAGAGUACGAGUUCCGCAUAAUGGCGGUGAACAACAUUGGGCGUGGUCCACCAAGUGAUGCUGUAGAGACUCGCACUAGCGAACAGGCACCUUCGUCUCCUCCGUUGCACGUGCAGGCACGUAUGCUGAGCUCCAGCACCAUGCUGGUGCAGUGGGAACCUCCAGAAGAACCCAACGGACAGAUUCGCGGAUAUCGCAUCUAUUACACAACCGAUCCGGACAUGCAGCUCAGCGCCUGGCUGAAGCACAACACUGACGACAGCAGACUGACCACGAUCUCUGGAUUAACCACCAACGUCACCUACAGUCUUCGUGUCCUGGGCUUCACUUCUGUAGGAGACGGACCGCCGUCUGAUGUCCUGCAGGUCAAAACGCAACAAGGAGUCCCUGCACAGCCUUCUGGAUUCGAGGCCGAAGCCGAACUGGACACCAGGAUUAUGCUGAAGUGGAUUUUACCUGUUCAGGAGCCCAUCACUAAGUACGAGCUACAUUACUGGGAGGCCAGUUCAGAUAAUAAGCUCAGUGUCACCUUCAACACGGCCGGGUCAUACGCUGUGGAAGGCCUGAAGCCAGACACUCUGUAUAUGUUCUCCCUCGCCGCUCGCUCUGAAAUGGGCCUGGGGGUCUUCACCAAGCCCAUCGAAGCCAGGACCGCUCAGUCCACACCCUCAGCUCCACCUCAGGACGUUCAGGUGCUCAGUCUGAGCUCUACCAGCAUUAAGGUGAGUUGGGUUCCUCCACCUGCUGCCAGCAGGCACGGCGCUAUCGUUCGCUACACUGUGAGCUACCGGGCGGUGAACGGCGAGGACACCGAGCGGCACGAAGUGACUGACAUUGGAGCGGAUGCCACCAGUGUUGUACUAGAGGGGUUGGGGAAGUGGACGGAGUAUGUGGUUCGUGUGAGGGCUCACACUGAUGUGGGGCCUGGACCUGAGAGCACACCAGUACGCAUCAGAACCAACGAGGAUGUGCCCGGAGCUCCUCCUCGUAAGCUGGAGGUUGAGGCUAUAAACUCGACGGCUAUCCGUGUGACGUGGAAGCCGCCGCUCUCUGUAAAACAGCACGGUCAAAUCCGUGGAUAUCAGGUGAUUUACUCGCGACUGGAGAACGGAGAACCACGAGGGCAUCCGAACAUCAUGGAUGUAGCGCUGCCUGAAGCUCAGUGGAACAUUGAGGACACCACCGAAUAUGAAGCCGUCAUCUCCGGUCUGAUCUCGGAGACAUCGUACUCGGUCACAGUAGCGGCGUACACCACCAGAGGAGACGGAGCAAGGAGCAAAGCCAAGGUCAUCAAAACCACAGGAGCAGUUCCUGGCAAGCCCACCAUGCUCAUCAGCAUCACGGUGGGCGACACGGCCCUCAUGCAAUGGCAGCCUCCGAAGGACAUGCCAGGCGAGCUGAUUGGCUAUCGGCUACGCUACAAGCGCUUGGAUGAGGAAUUGUUCACGGUGCAUAACUUUGGGAGCAAAGACGACCACUACACUGCGACGGGUCUCUUCAAGGGCGCCACCUACAGCUUCCACUUGAGUGCCAAGAACCGUGCAGGCACCGGAGAAGAGUAUGUUAAGAACAUCAGUACGCAGGAGGAAGCUCCCAGCGGAUUCCCGCUGAACCUGAGCGUAGUGGGACUGACCACCACAACUACACGGCUUACAUGGGCGCCGCCGGCCCCCUCUGAACGGAAUGGACGCAUUACUCACUACAUCGUUGUUUACAGAGACAUCAACAGCCAGCAGAACAGCACCAAUCGAACGUCAGACACGAACAUGAUGCUUCAUGACCUCCGACCUGACACCACCUACGACAUCCGCAUCCAGGCUUUCAACAGCAAGGGGGGUGGACCCAUGAGCCCCAGCAUCCAGAGCAGGACCAUGGCCACGUCACCAGCUUUCGCAACAAGUUUUGGCGUCAAAUCGGUGAUGAAGACGUCCAUCCUUCUGACCUGGGAGCUCCCGGAGAACUUCAAACCUCAAGGGCUUUUUAAGAUUCUGUACAAUCAGCAGAGCGUGGAGGUUCAGAGCAACAUGAAGAGGAAACUGAUCACAGGCCUGAAGCCCGACACUAAUUACUCGUUCGUGUUAAUGAGUCGAGGGAACAGCGCCGGAGGACUGCAGCAGCAGGUCUCUAUCCGAACCGCUCCAGAUGUCCUCAAAACCAAACCGGUGCUCUUCAAAACCGACGAGAACAACGGAGGAAAAAUCACCAUCAACCUUCCCAAAGUGGUGACUACAGCGUCGAUCAGUUGGUAUUACAUUGUAGUUGUCCCGGGCUCACAGACAUCACGCAGGUGGGAAAAUCCGGACGAAAUAGACCUUGAUGAGCUUCUCGAGGUCAGUAAAGUUUCUCCAUCGAGGCGCCGUCGCCAUUACGAAACUCCGAGACCGUACAUCGCUGCCAAGCUGGAAUACCUUCCUGAGACGUUCACGCUGGGAGACGAGCUCAACUACAACGGCUUCUACAACCGCCCGGUGCCUAGCAACCAGCCGUACCAGUGUUCGGUCAUGGCCGAGAUGAAGGAGCAGCACCUUCUCAACGCCAAUGAGAAACAGCGUGUUUUCUCCUCCAGCCCGUACUCAGACCCGUUGACGGUGGAUAACGGCUACGUGGCUCGCAGCGUGGAGUCUCCUGAGAUGCUGUGGGUGAUGGGGCCGGUCCUCGCCGUGGUGCUCAUUGUCAGCAUCGUCAUCGCCAUCAUCCUCUUCAAAAGGAAGCGAGCGUCUCCGUUGCCUAAAGACGAACAUUUAAGCGGGGUGAAGGACUCCCUCCUGGCUAACUCGUCUGAUCCUGUGGAAAUGAGGAGAAUGAACUAUCAGACACCAGGAAUGAGAGAACAUCCUCCCAUCUCUGUAUGCGAGCUAGCUGACCACAUCGAGCGCCUCAAAGCCAACGACAGCCUGCGUUUCUCACAGGAGUACGAGUCCAUCGAUCCGGGCCAACAGUUCACCUGGGAGAACUCCAACAUGGAGGUGAACAAGCCCAAAAACCGCUACGCUAACGUCAUCGCCUACGAUCACUCCAGAGUCGUGCUGUCCUCCGUGGAUGGUGUUCCAGGUAGCGACUACAUCAACUCGAACUACAUCGACGGCUACCGUAAGCAGAACGCCUACAUCGCCACGCAGGGCCCUCUGCCCGAGACACUCAGUGAUUUCUGGAGGAUGGUGUGGGAGCAGAGAACCAACACCAUCAUCAUGAUGACCAGACUAGAGGAGAAAUCACGGGUUAAGUGUGACCAGUAUUGGCCAGUUCGUGGAACAGAAACAUACGGAAUGAUCCAGGUCACCAUGUUGGAUACCGUGGAGCUGGCGACGUACAGCGUGCGUACGUUUGCGCUUUAUAAGAAUGGCUCCAGUGAGAAGAGAGAGGUGAGACAGUUCCAGUUCAUGGCGUGGCCGGAUCACGGCGUGCCAGAGUACCCCACGCCCAUCCUGGCCUUCCUGCGCAGGGUUAAAGCAUGUAACCCUCCUGAUGCUGGACCCAUGGUGGUCCACUGCAGUGCCGGUGUGGGUCGCACCGGCUGCCUCAUCGUGAUCGACGCCAUGCUCGAGCGCAUGAAACACGAGAAAACGGUGGACAUUUAUGGCCAUGUGACGUGCAUGCGUUCUCAGAGGAACUACAUGGUGCAGACGGAGGAUCAGUACAUCUUUAUCCACGAGGCGCUGCUGGAGGCCGCGACCUGCGGCGUCACCGAGGUUCCCGCACGAAACCUCUACACACACAUCCAAAAACUGAGCCAGCUGUCGCCCGGAGAGCCCGUCACCUACAUGGAACUCGAGUUUAAGAAUCUGGCCAGUUCAAAAGCUCACACAUCACGGUUCAUCAGCGCCAACCUGCCAUGCAACAAGUUCAAGAACCGGCUGGUGAACAUCAUGCCGUUCGAGUCGACACGUGUGUGUCUGCAGCCAAUCAGAGGGGUUGAGGGGUCUGACUACAUCAACGCCAGCUGCAUUGACGGUUACAGACAACAGAAAGCAUACAUCGCCACACAGGGUCCUCUGGCUGAGACCACGGAGGAUUUUUGGAGGAUGCUGUGGGAGCACAACUCAACCAUUGUGGUGAUGCUAACCAAACUCCGAGAGAUGGGACGGGAGAAAUGUCAUCAGUACUGGCCGGCCGAGCGCUCCGCCCGUUAUCAGUACUUUGUGGUCGACCCCAUGGCUGAGUACAACAUGCCUCAGUACAUCCUGCGAGAGUUUAAAGUCACAGACGCCAGAGAUGGCCAAUCACGGACGAUCCGUCAGUUCCAGUUCACUGAUUGGCCGGAGCAGGGCGUGCCGAAGACGGGCGAAGGGUUUAUAGAUUUUAUUGGACAAGUUCAUAAAACCAAGGAGCAGUUCGGCCAGGACGGACCAAUCACUGUGCACUGCAGUGCCGGAGUGGGCAGGACCGGAGUGUUCAUUACUCUCAGCAUCGUUCUGGAGAGGAUGAGAUAUGAAGGUGUGGUGGAUUUGUUCCAGACGGUUAAAACUCUGCGCACUCAGAGACCUGCAAUGGUGCAGACCGAGGACCAGUACCAGCUGUGUUACCGAGCAGCUCUGGAAUAUCUGGGGAGUUUCGACCACUAUGCAACGUAACACUAUGGGACUUCAUCUACCGGGAAUGAAAACACUUUGGUGUGUGUGUAUGUGUGUGUGUGUGUGUGUGUGUGUGUGUGUGUGUGUGUGUGCACGAGAGAUGCGUGCAAUGACACAAACAUGGUACACAAACAUAGCUUCUUUUCUCUUCAGCAGCUCUGGACUCUUUUACACACACACACACACACACACACACACACACAAAACGGCUACUGGUAGCGAUUUUUUGUUAAUCAUUAUAAAAUUUUAUUCUGACUUUAUUUAGAAUAUUUUAAUGUGUUUAAUAAUCUAACUUCCUUCUCACCUCUUUUUCUUUUCCAUAAAGUGGUACUGUUUUUUUUAUAAUUUUUUUUUUUUUUUAUUUAAUUUUAAUUGUAAAUUUAUUUCUUUUUAUUUUAUUGUAGCACACAACGGGUGUGAUUGUGAUUUUAACAGGUACUAAUACCAGAGGACCACUGUUCUCAGAGCUGCUGUCAGAGUUCAUUCAUAACACACUUUUAUUAUUUUGUAUUUUAUUUCUUUUAUAUAUAAUUUGUAAUUUUUGUAUUUUUGUUUUAAUUAUUAUUAUUAUUAUUAUUAUUAUUAUUCGACGCAUCACGGCGGGUUAACUUUGUUUCUUUAUAUAAAAGGAAAUAUCGAGGAAAAGGGAAAAAAAAAGUCACCAACACUAAACACACGCCACGGCGGAAAUUCGCAGCACGUAAAGGCGUGCGCUGAGAUCCGAUAUUUUAUAUUGUGAUAAUAGUGUUAUCACAAUCUCAAUAUUAUCUGUUAGAAUCACAAUAAACCAUAAACAAACAAACAAACAAACAAACAUGUUGAUAUCCACUGGCUCUGUAACCGCUAACAUGAAUCCUGCUGAUUGGACGGAGCUGGGUCAUGUGACUCCUGUGGAACGUUGGCUCUCUGGCGUAUUUGAUGAUCGGCACGUGUCUGUACAGUACGUGGCGUCUAUAAAUAACGGGAAAUGUCUGAAACGAUAUGUUUGGGUUCUGAAUCUGAUUUUCUCAUCCCAGUGUACAGUAUUAACCACUCCACAAGUGAACUUUUUAUACAGAAUAUAUAUAUAAAUAUAAAUAUAUAAAUAUACACGUAUAAAUAUGAGAAGUUAUAAAUAUUAUCCAUAUAGUAUAUAAACAGCUCCAGAUGUAUAAGUGGUCGGUUCUGCAGACGAACACGAUCGGGUCGUACCAACUACAGAGAGACUGCGGGGGGUGAAACUGUAUUAAUCCUGCAAAAAGUAAUAACUACUGUAUUAAUCCUGACACACACCACACACACACACACGUGUGUCUGAGAGUGUGUGGGUGUGUGAGAGUGUGUGUGGGUGCGUGAGAGUGUGUGUGUGUGUGUGUGUGUGUGUGUGUGUGUGUGUGAGUUCUCUCUGAUGAAGCACAGCGGAGGCCUGGUUAUAAACACACACUACGUUGGCCAAAAGUUUCCUUUCUACCUUGUGAAUGGUUCGUGCUGUAGGGGUUGAAAUCUGUUGUAUACACACACUCUGUUUUCUAUUUGUUAAUAAUUACAAGAAAAGAAAAAGAAAAUUUAAAAACUUGAUGUUAAUAAAGUUGAAUAAUUGUU